AUGAAGAUCGUGUCUGAUCAUAUGGAGAGAGAAAACCUCGAGGUCGAAACUAUUCAAAGACCCUCCGCCGGAAAUGGCGGCUUUGCGGCGCAGGAGGCGAAGGUCGUCGUUUACAGAGGAUGGAAAGUCAUGCCUUAUAUUAUCGGGAACGAAACAUUCGAGAAGCUGGGGAUCAUAGGGACAAUGUCGAACCUUCUGGUGUACCUCACUUCGGUCUUCAACUUGCAGAGCGUUACAGCUGCAGCCAUCAUCAAUGCCUUCAGUGGAACCAUCAACUUCGGCACUUUCGUCGCCGCUUUUCUCUGCGACACUUACUUCGGCCGCCACAAGACCCUUACUUUCGCCAUCAUCGCCUGUUUUCUCGGAGCACUGGUGAUGGAACUAACCGCAGCGAUCCCACAACUUCACCCAGUUCCUUGUGGAACAAAGCAGGGGAUCGAGUGUGAAGGGCCAAAUGUCGGGCAAAUUGCGUUUCUGGUAAUGGGUCUGGGACUCCUCGUAGUAGGGGCUGGCGGCAUCAGACCGUGCAACUUAGCGUUUGGAGCUGAUCAGUUUAACCCGGAAACCGAGUCUGGGAAAAAGGGGAUCGACAGUUUCUUCAACUGGUACUUCUUCACCUUCACCUUCGCUCAGAUCGUGUCGUUGACGUUGAUUGUGUACAUACAGUCCAACGUCAGCUGGACGAUUGGUUUGGCCAUCCCGGCUGGUCUCAUGUUCGUGGGUUGCCUCAUUUUCUUCGCGGGUGACAAAUUGUACGUGAAAGUGAAAGCCUCGGGUUCUCCCUUAGGUAGUGUAGCUCAAGUUAUAGUUGUCGCUAUCAAGAAGCGAGGACUCAAGCCGGUGAAUGAGCCUUGGCUUGAUCUCCACAACUACAUCCCACCAAAAUAUGCAAACUCGAGGCUUGGAUACACUGACCAGUUCAAGUUCUUUGAUAAAGCGGCGAUCUUGACCCCCGAGGAUAACUUAAACCCCGACGGAUCACCGGCCGAGCCAUGGAAACUGGCUACCAUGCAGCAAGUUGAAGAAGUGAAAUGCAUUCUGAGAGUGCUCCCCAUCUGGUUUUCAGCUGCGAUUUACUACCUGCCCAUAGCCCAACAGAUGACAUACCCAGUCUUCCAGGCUCUACAGAGCGACCGACGCCUCGGUUUCGGGAAAUUCGAGAUCCCAGCAGCCACGUACGUCGUGUUCUUGAUGGCAGGAAUGACGGCUUUCAUCGUCAUUUACGACACUUUACUCGUGCCUCUCCUAAAGAAGAAAACCGGGAAGAAAACCGGUAUAACACUCUUACAAAGGAUGGGGAUUGGAAUGGCCUUUUCGGUAGCGAGUAUGGCGAUUGCGGGGAUCGUGGAAGGACAGAGGAGAACCGUAGCCCUGACGAGACCAACGCUCGGGAUCGACCCCCGGAGGGGGGCAAUCUCCUCCUUCUCGGGCUUAUGGCUGAUGCCACAGCUCAUACUGGCGGGGAUAGCCGAGGCUUUGACGGCCGUUGGGCAGAUGGAGUUCUACUACAAGGAGUUCCCCGAAAACAUGAGGAGCUUUGCGGGUUCUAUCUUCUACGUCGGCACAGGAAUCUCGAGCUACUUGGGCAGUUUCUUGAUAUCGAUUGUCCAUAAAACGACGAUGCAUUCGCCGACGGGAAACUGGUUGGCCGAAGAUCUGAACAAGGGAAGGUUGGAUUACUUCUAUUACAUGAUAACGGGGAUUUCCGUUGUGAACUUUGUAUACUUCUUGGUUAUGGCCAAAUGGUACAGGUACAAAGACAUUGAUGACGAGACGCAGAACGCUGCAUGAUGAGUCUUAUAUUCGUUUUCCAUCUUUCUUUCUGCAUUUUUUUUGGGUGCAAGUCACGGAGGAAUUAAUGAAGCAUACAUAAUAGG